AUGAAAAUGAGCCAGAUGAUUGCGAUCCACGAUAUUCACGAGCCAGACACGGGCACCUGGCAAUAUGUCGUCGCAGACCCGUCGACCAUGAGCGCCGCCGUUAUCGAUUCGGUGCUGGACUUUGAGCCUGCCUCGGCCACCAUCACCACCCAGAGCGCAGACAAGCUGCUCGCCCUGAUCCGGAGCAAGGGCUACCAGGUAGAGCUGAUACUGGAGACGCACGCCCACGCAGACCACCUCACGGCGGCGGCGUACCUGCAGGACCGGCUCGAAAAGAGCCAAGGCACCCGGCCGGACAUUGGCAUCGGCAAGCGCAUAGUCGAGGUGCAGAAGCGGUUCGGCGACAGAUACGGCAUCAAGAGCGCCGAAUACGCCAAGGCCUUUGACAGGCUCCUGGACGACGACGCCGAGUUCAAGAUUGGCAAUCUCACCGCCACGGUGCUGCACCUCCCCGGCCACACGCCGGACCACGUUGGCUACAAGAUCCAAGACGACAUCUUCUGCGGCGACUCCCUCUUCAACGCCGACGUCGGCUCCGCGCGCUGCGACUUCCCCGGCGGCUCCGCGACGCAGCUCUACGACUCGGUCCAGAGACUCUUGAGCCACGCGCCGCACGUCAAGAUAUGGACGGGACACGACUACCCGCCCGAGGCGAGGGCCGGCCGCGCCGUCUCGGCCACGACGGUCGGCCAGCAGCGGGAACAGAACAAGCACCUCAGGGACGGCACCUCGCGGGACGACUUUGUGGCCUGGCGCGCCGAGAGGGACGCCACCCUCAAGGAGCCGCGCCUGAUCCAUUACGCCUUGCAGAUCAAUAUCCGCGCGGGGCGGCUGCCGAGCCCGACGGCCAUGGGCGAUCGCCUGGUCCAUGUGCCCUUGAAGAUUCAGAGUCAGUUUUGA